CAGCCCCCAUCGAGAGAGAGAGAGAGAGAGAGAGAGAGAAUCAAGAUGUCUGGUUGGGAUGAAGGUGGUGUUUAUUACAGUGAUCAAGCACAGUUUCCACCAGGUGGAGGAGGAGAAGAUGCUGAUAAAUCAUUAGCAAGUCGUCAUUCAAUCCAGAUCAAGUUUAAAGAAUUCAUACGAAGUUUUGAAUCAGAACCAAAUGUUUUCCCAUAUAGAGAAAACCUCGUUCAAAACUAUGAUACUCCUUCUAAAUCACUACUUGUUGAUAUGGAAGAUCUCAAUGCUUUUGAUUGUCAACUCCCUUCGUUACUUCGUUCAGCUCCAUCAGAUUAUCUACCUCUGUUUGAAACCGCUGCGGCUGAAGUUCUUUCUAGUUUGAAAUCAAAAGUACCCGGAGAAACUGGUGAAAUUGAUGACCCGACUGCUGCUGAAAUUCAGAUCUUACUUACCUCUAAGGAGGAUCCCGUCUCUAUGCGAGCACUUGGGGCUCAGAGUAUAUCGAAGCUUAUCAAGAUAUCUGGGAUUACCAUUGCUGCAUCGAGAACAAAAGCUAAAGCUACUUAUGUCACAUUGCUUUGUAGAAAUUGCAAGAACAUCAAGAAAAUUCCUUGCCGUCCUGGGCUUGGUGGAGCUAUUGUGCCGCGGUCAUGUGACCAUGUGCCUCAAACUGCAGGAGAGGAACCAUGCCCUAUUGAUCCUUGGAUUGUGGUUCCUGAUAAAAGCAAGUAUGUUGAUCAGCAAACUGUUAAGCUACAAGAGAAUCCUGAGGAUGUGCCUACUGGAGAGCUUCCAAGAAACAUGCUUCUCUCUGUGGAUCGUCAUCUAGUUCAAACUAUUGUACCUGGGACAAGGCUGACCAUCAUUGGAAUUUACAGUAUCUUUCAAGCAGGGAAUUCAGCAACUAGCCAGAGAGGAGCUGUUGCAGUGAGACAACCUUAUAUCAGGGUUGUUGGUAUAGAGGAUGGCAGUGACUCCAAUUCUAGCGGGAAAUUUGUUUUCACUGCGGAUGAGGUGGAAGAAUUCAAAAAAUUCGCUUCAGAAGCAGAUUGUUACAAAAAUAUAUGCUCCAAGGUCGCCCCUUCCAUUUAUGGCCACGAAGAUGUAAAGAAAUCCGUGGCCUGUCUUUUGUUUGGAGGUUCUAGGAAGGAGUUGCCUGAUGGUGCAAAGUUAAGAGGUGAUAUCAACAUUUUGCUAUUGGGGGACCCUUCAACAGCUAAAUCGCAGUUUCUCAAGUUUGUUGAUAAAACCGCUCCUAUAGCCAUUUAUACAUCUGGAAAAGGGUCAUCUGCUGCUGGACUUACAGCUUCUGUUAUUCGUGAUAACAGCUCUCGUGAAUUUUAUCUAGAAGGAGGAGCCAUGGUUUUGGCAGAUAAUGGAGUUGUCUGCAUAGAUGAAUUUGACAAAAUGCGGCCUGAAGACAGAGUUGCUAUUCAUGAAGCUAUGGAGCAGCAAACAAUAUCCAUAGCCAAAGCUGGAAUAACAACAGUACUCAACUCUAGGACUGCUGUGCUGGCAGCUGCUAAUCCCCCGUCAGGACGUUAUGAUGAUCUUAAGACAGCACAGGAUAACAUUGAUUUGCAGACAACAAUUCUUUCCCGAUUUGAUCUAAUCUUCAUUGUGAAGGAUGUUAGGCUGUACAGUCAGGAUAAGCUUAUAGCUAGCCAUGUUAUCAAGCUUCAUUCCACUGCUGAAGCAGCCUCCGACGACACUAGAACCUCGAAGGAAGAUAACUGGUUAAAAAGGUACAUUCAGUAUUGCAAAAAAAACUGCUACCCUCGGCUUUCAGAAUCUGCAGCCACUGUGUUGCAGAACAGCUAUAUUCAAAUUAGACAGGAAAUGAGGCAGCAGGCAAAUGAAUCGGGUGAAUCGGCUGCCAUACCAAUUACUGUAAGGCAGCUUGAAGCUAUAAUAAGGUUAAGCGAGGCACUCGCUAGGAUGAGACUCUCCCAUGUUGCAACCGAGGAAAACGUAAGAGAGGCAAUCAGACUCUUUAACGUUUCCACGAUGGAUGCUGCCAAAUCGGGAAUUAAUCAACAUAUUAAUCUGACUCCUGAGAUGGCAAGCGAAAUAAAGAAAGCUGAGACACAGAUAAAGAGAAGAAUGGGAAUUGGAAGCCACAUAUCAGAGAGGCGUCUUAUUGACGAGCUUGCUAGAAUGGGACUGAGUGAUUCCAUUGUGAGAAGAGCUCUGUUGAUUAUGCACCAGAGAGAGGAAGUUGAAUACAAGAGAGAAAGACGUGUUAUUCUCCGUAAAGCUUGAUGUUUCUCUAGUACAGAAAAGAAAGGUAGAAUCCAAGGAUUUGCAUAUUUUCUCAGGGAAAUGGCUCCUACGUUGAAUUAUUACUACAGUUCUUCACUAAAUUUCUCCCUUGUAGAUUUUAUUUUGCCUGCACAACUUCAUUGUUAUGAUGUUAACUGCAUUGGUAAUGUACUAACUAAUCAUAAGUAUUCUACUCGCUUUGUUCCUUGAGAUUAUUCAGUAGUGUCUUGUAACUGAUUAUAACUUACAUCUUAUUGAGACAGUUUUAAAGACUAUUGCUUUCAAUUCCAAGAAUGUUAUUACUAUCA